CCAGAGGUGAUCACCAUGAACCGCAGCCGCCAGGUGACAUGCGUGUCCUGGGUCCGCUGCGGCGUGGCCAAAGAGACUCCAGACAAGGUAGAGCUAAGCAAAGAAGAAGUGAAGCGGCUCAUUGCUGAAGCAAAGGAGAAAUUACUAGAAGAAGGCGGCAGUGAUGAAGAGGAGAGGGGCGAGCCUUCAGAAGAGGGCAUGCAGAGUGCACGCACCCAGGCCCGAGCCAGCGAGGCCCUGGAGGAUGGCAACCCCGAGGACGACAGGACCCUGGAUGACGAUGAGCUGGCCGAGUAUGACCUGGACAGAUACGACGAAGACGGCGACCCGGAUGCUGAGACCCUCGGUGAAUCUCUCUUGGGUCUGACAGUCUAUGGAAGUAACGAUCAGGAUCCGUAUGUGACUCUGAAAGACACGGAGCAAUAUGAACGCGACGAUUUUUUGAUUAAACCCAGCGAUAAUCUCAUAGUUUGUGGUCGAGCUGAACAGGACCAGUGCAAUUUAGAAGUGCAUGUUUACAAUCAGGAAGAAGACUCCUUUUAUGUGCACCAUGAUAUACUCCUGUCUGCAUAUCCCCUGAGUGUGGAGUGGCUCAACUUUGAUCCUAGCCCAGAUGAUUCCACUGGAAACUAUAUUGCCGUGGGAAACAUGACCCCCGUUAUUGAAGUGUGGGACCUUGAUAUAGUGGACUCUUUAGAACCAGUCUUCACACUCGGGAGUAAGCUAUCAAAAAAGAAGAAAAAGAAAGGAAAGAAGGGUUCCUCAGCAGAAGCCCAUACCGAUGCUGUCCUUGACCUGUCUUGGAAUAAACUCAUCAGAAACGUGCUGGCGAGUGCAUCAGCUGACAACACUAUCAUUCUGUGGGACAUGUCCUUGGGGAAGCCAGCGGCCAGCCUGACUGUACACACAGACAAGGUCCAGACGCUGCAGUUCCACCCGUUCGAAGCACAGACGCUGAUUUCAGGAUCAUAUGAUAAGUCGGUGGCUUUGUACGACUGCCGAAGUCCAAACGAGAGCCAUCGGAUGUGGCGCUUCAGCGGGCAGAUCGAGAGGGUGACGUGGGACCACUUCUCGCCCUGUCACUUUUUGGCCAGUACAGAUGACGGCUUUGUUUAUAAUUUGGAUGCUCGUUCAGAUAAGCCUAUUUUUACGCUGAAUGCACACAAUGAUGAAAUAUCUGGUCUUGAUCUCAGCAGUCAAAUCAAAGGGUGCCUUGUGACAGCCUCGGCAGACAAGUAUGUGAAAAUCUGGGACAUCCUAGGAGACAGACCAAGUCUGGUUCACUCACGAGACAUGAAGAUGGGUGUCCUCUUUUGUUCUUCAUGUUGCCCUGACUUGCCAUUUGUUUACGCCUUUGGAGGUCAGAAAGAAGGGCUCCGGGUCUGGGAUAUCAGCACUGUCUCCUCAGUCAGCGAAGCGUUUGGAAGGCGAGAGCGGCUUGUUCUGGGCAGUGGGAGGAGCUCGUCGGUCAGCGGCCCCAUGGGGAGCAGGGACUCGGACACACCGAUGGAGUCUUAA